CCCAGCCGCGUGGACUUCCCCCGACGAUAUCCAGCCAAACCAGCAAGACGUCGUCAUCUCCAGAGUGUGGCUAGGUUGUGAUCUGAGCAGCCAGGGAGUUGUGAGUGCACGCACCUGACAUAGGUUGUGUUUCUGUGUCAUGGUGAGAGGUGACAGUGGUGGGAUGAAUUCCCCAUACAGAGGAGAGUCAGCCUCUCCAUACUCUUCUGACCAUUCCGUUGGAGUUCCUUCGCCCCCAACGGUUGUUGCUGCCUUCAACCGCCCUUAUGAUGCUGUUCAUCAUGAUGGGCCAUACAUACACCUACUGGAACAGCCGCAGCCGAAAUUCCGCUUCCGUUACAAGAGUGAAAUGGUCGGCACGCACGGACAGUUGAAGGCUGACCGGGCAGACAAGAACAGGGCGGUGUUCCCCACAGUUAAGCUAGCUAAGUGGAGUCUUGGGCCGGCUGUUAUCCGUCUUACACUCUACACGGCUGAAGACAAUGUCAAUCAACGUAAACGCCACGUACAUGAGCUCUCAGGGAAGAAUUGUGACAGAGAAACUGGAAUUUGUGAAGUAGUGGUUGAUGACAAAUGUGACUACACUGCAGUUUUUCAGAAUCUUGGGAUCAUACACAUUGCCAAGCGAGACACAAGAGAAAUAAUUUUUCAACGCAAGAAGGACGAUUUACUAAGUCACGCACGUGUUCGUAAACCUCAAUGUGGCUACAAGGAGAUAGAAAUGAGCAUCACACCCACGGAUCACAAGAGGAUGGAUGAAGAGGCUGACGAGGAGGCCAAGACCAUGGACCUGAAUAAAGUGGUUUUGAGAUUCCAAGCAUUCCAGUACGACAAGAGUAUUGAGAGGUACCGAGCCAUCACCCUUCCUGUAGACUCAGAUGUAGUCUUUAACCUCAAAAAUGCCACCACAGGAGAACUCAAGAUUGUGCGAAUGUCAGCCUGCACGGCCCCUUGUACCGGCGGAACUGAAAUCUGGUUAUUGGUUGAAAAAGUCAGAAGAAACAAUAUACAAGUCAAGUUCUUUGAGUUGGAUCAGAAUGACCGGGAGGUUUGGGCGGCGUAUGGAGAGUUCACGGAUUCUGACGUCCACCACCAGUAUGCCAUUGUCUUCAAAACUCCUCGUUAUCGAUUUACAAACUUAAAUACUUCAGUCCGGGUCAAAGUACAACUCGAGCGUCCCACCGACAGAGACACGAGCGACCCUCUUGACUUCACCUAUAUCCCAGACAGUCUGAAGCGCUCGAGGGUGAACCUGGAGAACACACUGGAGGAGGGGAAGAGGCACCUUAAUGAUCCUCCAGCCAAGAGAUUCAACUUCAACCCAUACACCAAUGAAGCCAUAGAUCUGAGUAACAAUACACGAAAUGGGCGAGGGCAAGAGGAUUCCAUGCAGACCCCUGAUAUACUGGAAUUUAUCAUGAGAGGUUCAGAUUUUAACGACGCCAAUGUGUUGAAUCCAUUCUCCCUGGAAAUUCCAAAUCAGUCUCCACAACAUGCGGUGCCGUCUCCUGGAAAUCCUGGGGAUUCUAGUAACCAGGGGCUGUAUUCCCCCAUCCAUCCAGGGUCAACAGGGACUCCCACCACAGAAUAUGUCACUAUUUGUAAUGGUGUGCUGCAGGUACCAUCACCCGGCCAGCAGUUAUCACCAAGUUCCCCGCAGUAUAGCCAGACGUCUCCAGGUGAACUGUCUGGAGCGUCUCCCCCAUAUCAAGGACCAAGUGGAGGAGGCAUGACUCCACAGUUCAGCCAGGUUCAGUCACCACAAUAUACCCAAGUUCCUUCACCAGUGAUGAUGGUACCUUCUCCCUCCUAUCAAGAGAGUACUACACAGAUGGUGUCCCAGCAGUAUAUACAGCAACAACUUCAGCAACAACAGCAGCAGCAACAACAGCAGCAGCAACAACAACAGCAGCAGCAACUACAACAAUUACAAUUACAACAGCAACAUCAGCAAACACAGCAGCUUCAUAAACAACCAACAAUGGGAUCACAGCAAGUAAUACAGAGUAGUGGGGAGACGUGGGAGAGCAUACAACAGGGGGUGUCUCUACAGCCUCAACAAAAUAUGCCAGCUCCGGACUUUGAAUUGCCAAGCUGCUUUAGUGUGGGUACUAUUGGUCAAGACGCAACCCUGAUGGACAUGCUUGACAUCGCAGGAGGACAGCUUGACUUUGGUACAGGUUUCAUGGGUAACACGGACAUCAAGCUUGACUACGGAGGCAAGAAGGAUUCCAAGAAGAAGCAGCGUGACCAGCCAAUCAACACAGGCCAGGACAUAGCUGACCUCAGUAAGAUGAUGUCUGAAGUACGUGUUGAGGACACCAUAGAACGUAAUAGGAGGAACCCUCCCACACAAGCUGGAGGUUCUGGCCAGCGAAAUGCACCAAAUGUAGAUGUGGCCUUUAGGGUAGCCGUCAGUGCUGCAGAGUGUUUACAAGCAUACGCCGCUACUGGGGACAUUUCAUUGCUCCUGGCCACUCACCGGUAUCUUCUGGCUGUGCAGAACAAUCAAGGCGACACUGCUCUACAUACUGCAGUCAGCAAUAAGAAUAUGGAAGCCUUUAACAAGAUCCUGAAGGCCAGUGAGAAGAUUAACCCACGUGACCUGUUAAAUGCUCAAAACUUUGCAAAUGAAACUGCCUUGCUGCAAGCUGUCCGUGGCAAUGAGGUGACAAUGGUGAAAAGGCUAGUAGCUGUUUUGGGUUGUGAUGUGAGCAUUGCUGAUGCCCAAGGGAAUAAUCCCAUCCAUUGUGCUGCGGAGCUACACGACCACCGUUGCCUUGAAGCGCUUUUGACAAGACCGAUCAAUGGUUCUCGUUCAUCGCUGACUCAGGCUAUUAAUGCUUAUAACUACCAUGGUGCAACUCCACUACACCUUGCUGUUAUUGGCGGGAACCUGGAGUGUGUCCGGUUGCUAAUAAAUGCAGGGGCUCAGGUACACCACUGUGAGAGGAAGAGAGGUGCUAAACCUCUACACCUGGCAGCAAUGUUCCACCGCCACGAAAUUGCUUCCUUUCUCUUGAGCAAUACGAGUGUGACGGUUGAAGCAGGUAUGUUUGAUGGCAAUACCGCUCUGCACUUAGCAGCUCAAGCGAGAGACCAGGUGAUGUGCAGAAUCCUCCUCAGGGCCCAUGCUGAUCCACAGGCCAAAAAUGUAUUGAGCCGAAGGAAAAAAUCAUCAGAAUCAGAAGAGGAGGAGGAAGAGACAGAAACAGGCAGAAAAGAGGAAGAUGAUGAAGAAGAAGAAUCAGAAGAAGAGUCGGAGGGAUACACACCGAUUGACUAUGCUGGAGAUGAUGAAAAGAUCUUGGCUAUUCUUCGCGGGGAAGAGAUCCUAGAGGAAAACGCAGGUGCUGAAGCUCAAGUGUUGGUUGAGAAGAAAGAAGCUCCUGCUGCCCUUGACUCCGGUAUUGAUAUCUCUGUUACAGAUAUCCAAGGUCCAGACUCCACUUAUGAGGAAGAGAAAUGUGUGAGUGAGCUCAGUGAGCGCGUACGUGGUCGUCUGGCCAGCCAUCUCAGUGGAGACACGUGGCGCCACCUAGCUCAGCUCUUGGAUUUAGACUACAUGGUUCCCUGCUGGGCCAAGGAAUCUUCACCUGCUGAACUUCUUCUACAUCCUGAUAACAUGAAGGUUAGCGUCGGCAAUACCUGCCCGCGGGAGCCCGAUUAUAAUCAUCGCUGUAAAUGCGUGGCCAGGAAUUGUGAAGUAUACUCAUGAUAGAAUGUUACCCUGGAAAAACUGCGAGAGUGCCUUGAAAUAUUAGGCCUCAAGGAGUGUGUUGCUGUCUUGGACCAUGCUUAGAGUUGGAAUGCAGUUUAAGAUUAAUUUAAUAUGAGAAGUAAGAGUUAUUCAGGAAUGUGAAAUUGUAUAGUUUAGAAUAUUAUUGAUGUGUUUUGUUAUGGUGGUAAAUGCAAAAGCUUGCUGAAGUUCGAUGGGAUGAAUGAUGCCAUGUACAAGUAUUUUAUUGAUGAGAUGGAAGAAGUUUUCAUUUACAGUACAGUUGUGGAAUACAUAAGUUUUAUGCACACUAUAGUAAAUGAUGUUUAGAUUAUUGGAAGUUUUGAAAGAAUAUGUAAUUGUUUACUCCUAAAGUGUAAUGUAUAGUAGGAGUAUGAACGAUUAGUAUUUGACUAGUUUAACAUAGUAUUAUUAACAUGUAAAGUACAUACACAUAAUAUUCAAUUAUGAAUACUGUUGUAGGUUUUGGGACCAUGCAACAAUAAACCUAGUGCAUGGUGAACUAAAAUAUGAGAAUACAGGCUAUGUCUUAAUGUGCAUUUUUUCAACAGUGGUAUGUAUUUUAUUUAAGCUAUUCCAAAAGAUGGAAGCAUCAAAAAGUGUUUUGCUUCUAAAUUCAUGUUCAGUUUUAAUGCAUGUUAAAUGCUGGAGUUGUGCCUUUAAGAUGCUUUCUCUGUCUGUGUUACUUUGUGAUUUAUUGAAUAGGAAAAAACGUGUGUAGUUUUGACUAAUGUAGUAUAAGAAUCACAAUAGCUUCCCAUGAUGCUUUACUGAAUGAGUUAGGCUUUAAUGAAAUGUUUUAUUUUAUUGUAUACAGUAAUUGCAAAUUUGUUUAAAUUUAUGAAUGAUUCAUCUUUUUAUAAGAGAAAACUUUUCUAUUUUUGUAAUGUAUAAAAUGUCAAUAUUUGUUAGACUAGUUUUAAGUCCUCAGAUCUGGAUGUAUCUGAACAAAAGCAUAUAUAUAUAUAUACAGUAAUUAAGGACCACAUUGCAACUGUACAUUCCUUGCUCUGUCUCAUAUUCCUUUCAGGUAUGUGGAAAUUGGUCAAAAUUAAUUUUUUAGAUUGUAAGUAAUAUUGUGCCUUUUUUGCACACGAGUUAUACUGGUAUGAAAUACUGUAGUUAUAAAGUGUGUAGUGUUGGUUUAGGCCCAAACAUUGUAGACCUUCAUUACCAUGGACAUUCCUUUUUUUACCCCAACUAUAAAGUGACUUAAACAGUGCAUUAAUAUAAAUUACUAAUGUAGAAUAGUUCAUGUGAUAAAACCUCAUUUUGAGGAUUACCUUUCUUCCAAAACCAAGAUAAGUUAUUGUUUACUUAUGUUAAAAAGUUUAUUAGUCUUUCAUUGCCUGCUAUUAUUGUUAGUACUACAGUACAGAACUUAGGAUGAAAACCCCAAAUGAGAAUUUAUGUGGACAGGCUAUUGAAAGGUGUGUGGGGGAUCCAGUCCCAUUAUUAUGGAGAUUUAAAUGAUGUAAAAUUUGCUUAAACAUAUUGUAUUGUUUGACUUGUAUUACAGCUUGCAUUUUACAUUAACUCCACAAAACAAAAUUACUACCUUUUUCUUCUGAGGUAAAACAGUACUAUCUUAUAGUCAAAGUAAGAAACCUAUACAGUAUGGGUGUUUAUGUAUUUUGGUCCUUUCUGUUUUCAUGCAAGGAACUCUAAACUUUAAUAUGCAGUACCUGUAUCAUUAAAUCUGCUUCCAAAUAUUAAAUUAACUGACAGAAUACCUUUCCAACUGGUAUUAAUUCAUUGCAACAAUGACUUUCAUCAGUUACAGUAUACCCAGUUCAUUCCUUUAAGAGACCUUGUGCUGUAAAGUGAAAUUCAGACUGAAAAUGUAGGUCAACUAGUGUUAGAAGGAAGACCAGAGAUUUAUAUUAUACCAACAAAUGUACUCUGGUAAACAAUGGACUGUACACAUUGUUUCUUCUACAAGACUUAAGAUUGAAAAUACGAGCUUCAAACAUGUUUGUGCUACUCGUUAAAAAGGAUAGCAGAGGCAAAUGGCAUUUGUCUUAAAAGAAGGAAAAAAAAAGGUUCUCCUUUGGCAAUGUUGUACCCAAUAAGGACAUCUAAGUAAAAGCACAAUAAACCUGGAAAAAAAUCUUUAAAUUAUCUAACGUGUUUUCAUCAUUAUCACUUUUGAUACUUCCAGAAAACAUAAAUCUAAUGCACUUUAAUGUUUACCACAGCUUGACAGAAUUUUUGGACCAAGAGAAAUAUGAACCAUGAAAUGAUACACUACCAAUGUACAGGAUACUAUCCUAUAAAAAUAAUGCUCCUUUUUUAAUACCAAUUAAUUUGCUUAGUUCAGACACACAAAAUACAUGAUUAUGACAUACAGUAUACACAUCAACAUAAUAGUGCAGAAAAUAAGAGCAGUGUCUUGCUAACUGUAUAAAUGAAAUGGUCCAAAACUGCUUUACCUUGAUCACAGUACAGUAUGCUGCAGAGUGCUGACAGGUAAAUCACACGACCUGAUCAGAUUCCCCAUAAUAUUUGUUUUCCUCGGAUGUAGAAAAAUUGGGUACAGUAUUUGGUUAAUUUGGUAGAAAUCUAUCAGUUGGCAACAAAUUCUAAUUCCUGAUUUAUCCAAGAAGUUAGAUUACAUUUUCCUUUAUUAUUCUAAAGUCUCAAUGAUUUGAUCAAGGUUUUAUAAAUAAAUCUUUUAAGUAAA